AUGAUUUGGAAGCAGAUUCUUUUCCUCUCUUGCCUUACCACAUUGGUGCUUUUAGCUAUUCUUGAGGCUGGGGAAGGGGCAGCUGUGGGCUCUAAGCAAGAAGCUGGAGAAGAGGACAAAGAAAAUUUGAAAAAGAUCUUCCUCCAGGAAUCAGAUGCUUCUAAUUUCUUCAAAAAGCGUGCCAAGAGAUCCCUGAAAUCACGGGAUGAGCUGAAUGCCGAGAACAGACAACAACUGCGAGCAGAUGAACAUCGGCGAGAGUAUUACGAGGAGCAAAGGAAUGAGUUUGAGAACUUUGUGGAGGAGCAGAAUGAUGAACAAGAGGAGCGCAGCCGGGAACAGAUUGAGCAAUGGCGUCAGUGGCACUACGACGGCCUUUACCCGCCGUACCUCUACAACCGCCACCGCAUCUAACCUCGAGCUGGCAGCAGACUCCUCCGGAAGUCCGAAAGGACACUUAGAAUUGCUGCUUACGCACACACACACACGGACACACAGACGCACCCGGGGACACGCCGGCUGAGAGAUAUUGAUGGGGAGGAGCUGUCAGCAUCUCGGCGUGGUACCCAGUGUCCCCCGCGGCCUUGGAAAGUCCCCCCCCCCCUUGGUUGCUUAGCAAGGCCGGGGCUUUCACUCCUUUUUUUUUUUUCUCCAGAGGCUUCCUUUUUUAUGUGACCUGGAGAGUCCAGAAGCCAAAGGAAUCCAAUAGAGCAGGCCAGACUCCCAGUCCUUUCUGCCUGCUUUGUUCUUCAAAGCUGGAUGGCUGA